AUGUUCACGAAAGACCUCCACGUGGACACGUGCUCGCACGAGCACGCGCCGCCGCGCGGCCGGUGCCCGGACGACUUCUUGAUCGUGCUUGCCGCGAAUCCGUUUCGACGCGUGAUUUCGAGCGCGGCGUGGCACAAGAAAAUCUCCGGGGGCCAGGAGAUCAAGCCCUGGGGCUUCGACGAGCGCGAGCAAAUCUCCCACUUCCGCGGCUGGGUCGCGAACCUCGCCGCGCCGCCCGUGCGCACGGCGUCGGAGCUCCUGCCGCGAGGGGCCAACCCCUUCGUGCUGAGGACGAACAACCUGCAGGACGACACGCUCCUGCUCCUCGCCGCGCUCGGCUACCCGCGGCGCAACUUCUCGAGCCGCCACUGCGUCUCGAGCUGCGCGUCGACGAAGCGGACCGUGUCCGCCGCGGCCUUCAAGCCGUCGCCGCCCUGGGACCAGCGUGCCUACUACGACGACGCGACGGCGGCCAAGGUGCGCCGGCUCUACGCGCGCGACUUCGACGCCUUCGGCUUCUCCCGGGACCCGCAGCACAUCAUGGUGUGUGCAGCCUGCCGAAACAUGCUGCCCUUCUGCCGAAUCAUCAUGCUGCCCUUCCUGCUCCUGCCCUACGCCUGGGCGGGCACCCCUACACAGCUCGUCGUGGACCUCAAGCCCGUGCCGGCCCUCGGCGUGUCCACGUCGCCCAUGUUUCGCUGGGCGGUGGCACCCUGCGAUGACGCCACGGACGCGAUGCAAACGUCCUACGCCAUCACCGUCACCGACGCAGCCGACGCCGUCAUCUGGGACUCCGGCACCGUCGCCUCGCCGACGGCUUUGGCGGCCUACGGCGGCGCCGCGCUCAACGGUAGCGCGAGCUACGCCUGGACCGUGACCACGACGAGCGACGCGUGCGGCGCGUCGGCCGCGGCGACGGGAUCCUUUGUCACCGCGGCGGCCUUCGCCCCCAACGCGUCCUUCAUCUGGCACUCGAACAGCAAGGCGGCCUUCGCCUUCCUCCGCGGCGAGGUCCCGGCGGUCGAGGGCGUCGCGCGCGCGACGCUCUACGCGUCGGGCCUCGGCGACGACUUCGUGCUCUGCUCGUACAAGGUCUGGGUCGCCGGCGAGCUCCUCGGCUGCGGACCGGGCCGCGGCGAGGCGCCCAUGGCCCGCGACGGCACGAACGCGACCUUCCGGACCGGCGCCUACGACACCUACGACGUCACGCGAUUCUUCGGCGACGGCGGCGCCGUCGCCGUCGCGGCCCAGGGCGUCGCGUCGAAGGACGCCCACCCCCAGGUGCGCGGCGUCCUCGUGCAGAUCGACGUCGUCGCCGGCGACGGGACGACGACGUCCUACGCGACGGACGGCUCCUGGCUCGCGUUCGACGCGGACGCGUACCUGGGCCCGACCCUCGCCAAGAGCUGGUACAAGGUGCGCCUCGAGAACGCCGACGCGCGCCUCGAGCCCGCCUUCGGCGCGGACGCGGCGGCCGUGCGCUGGCGCGCGGCGCCCCUCGCGUCCCUCGGCGGCGACUGGACGGCCGCGGCGCCCGCCGCGGCCGUCGGCGCCGUCGCGCCGAAGCUCGCGCGGCCCGUGCGGAUCGUCGACGCGGCGGCGACGGUCGGCGGCCACUUCUUCGGCGACUUCGGCCGCGAGUUCGAGGGGGGGCUCACGUUCGCGACGGCCGAGGGCGUCGACGGCGUCGUGCUCCGCGUGACGACGGGCGAGAGCGCCGCGAACAGCACCGUGGGCGACGCCUGGGGCUUCGUCUUCAACCUCACGCUCCGCGGCGGCCCCAUGCGCUACGAGACCCACCAGUACAUGGAGUUCCGCUACGUUCAGGUCGACGUGCUCGCGGGGUCCUUCGACGUCGCCACCGACCUCGACGUCGGCGCGUGGACCGCGGAGUACCCCUACGACGCCGCGGAGUCGUCGUUCGAUUCGAGCGACGCGACGCUCGACGGCGUCUACGAGCUCGCGCGGUGGACGGUGGAGGCCGGCGUCCUCGACACGUUCACGGACAGCAACACGCGCGAGCGGCGGCCCUACGAGGCGGACAUGCUCUGCGCGGGCACCGCGCGGCUCUGGGUCCAGCGCGACGCGGCGCUCCUGCGGCACAGCGUGUCCUACGUCCUCGAGGCGCCGACGUGGCCCGUCGAGUGGCUCCAGAUGGCGCCGCUCCUCGCCUGGGCCGACUACAUGGCGACGGGCGAGACCGUCGUCGCCGAGACCUACGCGGACCUUUUGCGCAACGACACGCGCUACCCGGCGGACGCGGACGCGACGGGCCUGCUGAGCUGCAGCAAGCCGCCGAACAAGUGCUCGAGCCCGCCCGCGGGCCCGGGCCACCACAUCGUCGACUGGUUCCCCGGCCCGAGCGGCGCCAUGUUCCGCGCCUCGGACCACCUGAGCGUCGACCAGGCCUUCGCCGUCGCCGGCCUCCGCAAGCUCGCGGCCACGGCCGGCGGCGCCGUCGCAAAGGCCGCCGCCGCGGACGCCGACGCCCUCUACGCGGCGAUGAAGACGCACAUGUGGAACGCGAGCGCGAACCGCUACUGCGACGGCGCCUGCGCGGACGUCGCCGGCCACGCGGGCGUGACGACGGCCGCGUGGUUCCUCUACAACGGCCUCCUCGAGCCCGCGGCCGCGGCGACGGCGUGCGCGGACGUCAAGGCCUGGGGGCUCGAGGGCUUCGGGUCCUACGGCGCGUUUAUCUACCUGAGCGCGCUCGCGGCCUGCGACGUCGACGACGGCUCCGCGAUGCUCGAGGCCCUCACGAAGUGCGACGCCCAGUCCUGGUGCGCGGAGAUGCGCGACUCCGGCGCGACGAUGACGCGCGAGUCAUGGGCCGGCGGCACCUACUCGCACCCCUGGGGCACGGCGGCGCUCGUCGGCGUCUCCGCGGGCGUGCUCGGCGUCGCCCAGACCGCGCCGGCCUGGCGGAACUUCACGGUCAAGCCCAAGCUCGGCAACCUCACCUUCGCGAACGGCGUCGUCCCGACGCUCGCGGGGCCCGUGGCCGUCAACGCGACGCCGACGGCCACCGCGGUCGUCGUGCCGCCGAAUUCCCGGGCCACGGUCUGCGUCGCGAACGCCGCGCGCGUCCUCCUCGACGGCGUCGCCGUCGACGCCGUCGCCUCCGGCGCCCACGCCUGCGCCGUCGGCGUCGGCAGCGGCCGCCGCGGCGCGGCGCGCGUCGUCGCCGCGGCCGAGUGA